UCUCGUGUUACAGUUGACCAGUUUAGUCUUGUGCACAUGAUUUAUUAUUCCAAAACAGAUGUUUUGUGAACAUAUCAUUAAAUUCAUGGACAUAUAUUGAAACACAGAAACCGAAAAAGAAUGAUCGAGGAUGGCGAGGGAAAUAAUGGCCGCUGAAACGAAGCAUUAAUCGAUAGACACGGGAAGGAAACCAACAUCAUGUCCUUCAUAUUUUCCGUGUCAAAGAAGUGUUGUGAAAAACUUUACGAAAUUUUCUGCUGUAAAGAGGUAUGUUGCGAAUGUUGUCAAGAGGAACGAAAGAAACUGAGAAAAAGUGACAUUCAACAUUCUUUCCGUGAAUCGUCUACUCGACUCGAUUCUACAAGUUCUUGUGCAGAGAGCCACAAAAGUUUCCGUGAACGUAUAGAAUCUGACAGUACGUCAAGGACUGAUUCGGUAUCGUCAGCAUCUCAGAUAAGUUGCGAUUACAAGAAGGGCACUACCACUCCUAUUAUUGAUAUGAAGCCAAUUGAGUUUUGGACGGCUAACAAAGAAAACGUCCAGCCACGACCAGGUCGCCGGCGAUUACCGAGUGAAACCGAAAUUACGGUGGAGAAUUUCCAAAGAGAUUUGUAUGAUGAUGUCAUAAAUGAACCAUGUUUAACAGAUGAAGAAAAGCUGGCCAAAUUUCAGCUUGGACAAAUUCACAUUGGCUUACAAUAUGACGUUGUGAAUCGUUUCCUUGUUGUCAAAAUAAUUGAGGCAAAAGACUUGCCCUUACCUUUUAUUCUCGAUGACACUAAACAAGACCUGGCUCAUUCGAAUCCCUACUGUAAAGUAAGCUUGUUGCCAGAUCAGAAAAAUUCACAACAAACAUCUGUUCAAAGAAAGACACAAAAUCCAACAUGGAAUGAAUACUUCAUGUUUGAAAUACCGUUCGGUGAAGUUCAAAUGAGGACGCUAGAAAUUCUUAUAAAAGAUUUUGAUAAAUUUUCUCGGCACUGUAUCAUUGGCCAAGUAUAUUUACCUCUAGGUGGCAUGAACCUGAUCAAAGGAGGACAUAUGUGGAAGCCAGUAUUGCCAAGUACAAAGGAAAGAAUGGACUUAGGAGAGAUUUUGUUAUCUCUAAACUAUUUACCUAGUGCUGGACGUUUAAAUGUAGACAUCAUUAAAGCCAAACAACUUCUACAAACAGAUAUGAUAGGAGGUUCAGAUCCAAUUGUCAAAAUUACCUUGGUGCACUUUGAGAAGCCAAUCAAGACAAAGAAGACAUCAUGUAAAAAGAAUACCAUUGAUCCCAUUUUCAAUGAAUCUGUCAGUUUUAAUGUUACACAACAACAGUUAGAAAACACAACAGUUGUUAUAACUGUCUGGGAUCACAACUCUAAAACAAAGGACGAUUUUGUAGGUCGUAUUUCUCUAGGAAAAUACGGAACAGGACCUCAUGAAUACACUCACUGGAAACGCAUGUUAAACUCACAGAGGUCUCCAGUGGCGCAGUGGCAUUCACUGCGCACGCGUAUAGAGUGUGAUCAAGUGUCACCUGCCUCGAUUGCAGUUCAAUGACACGUUCGACAAUCAUUUACUUAAUGUGCGAAAUAACUCAUCAUAUCAUUUUAUAAAAUGCUGAUUGAUAAAAUUGAUCAGACAAUUUUGAAAGAAGACACAUAAUUUGUCAGAUAAAUGAAAGACAAUAUAUGAAUAAGAAUAUCUGUAAAGUGAUAUUCAAUAGCAUGAACCUGUUGAGAAAUUUGACAUUUAUUUCAGAUAUCUUUUUGUUGACAAAUGUAUGAUAUAACCUUGUUAUAAUUGUUAAUAAAGAUGAGAGUUGUU